UCGUGAUCCAUGUAUCCAUAAGGGAGACAAACACCCCCAAAAAAUGGAGCGCUUAUGCAAAGCGCAACAUCGACUGUCUUUAUUCGAAUAAGAUUCGUUAGUCAGAUCGUUUAUGUAUUUAUUUUUCCUUUUGUUCGACUUGGGCUCCGCUUGUUCUCGAUGUCAAUUCUUGUAUGAGUUCGUUUCGUCGCGCUCCAGACAUACAGACUUGCAGUUGGCCUCUGGUUGGGCCACACCGCAAUUUUCUUCUUCUAAUCAAUAUUGCCUCCUGGUUCGUUCUCUCUCGCUUUCUUGCUUUCAUUGUAGAAUGUUAAUAUUGCUUCCUCGACUUAUCAUAUUACCUUUGAACCCCAAAUACAUGAUCAUUAGCUUCGAGACUGAUCGAAAAAAUUCCAAUUAAUAACGAGUUCAUGCAUGGUGCGUGAUCGUGGGAACAGAGCCUUCACUCGAACAUGCCACAAUAUCCAGCUCCUCC